CUUCAGCACUAGCAUUACGGUCAACGUGCUUAUCGGUGUCGGUGUAGGGGGUGAUGCUUAUGCCUGGGCGGCUAAUACUGGUGGGCGCUAUUAGUUCGACGCUUCACGACAUGUGCACUGCCACGCCAGGGCGGCCAGGGUCAGCUGUCACGUUGAAGGCGAGGCAUACUGCCUCAGUUUCGCUCUCUUCUCCGCUGCUUUCAAUAUGGGCUGUUGUGGGGAAUCAGCGAGUGCUCCUGACACCCAGUAUGCGAACAGGGUACAGCCUGUGAACACUGGUAUCAUCAACCAGCAGCCUGGUCCUCAUCCGGGCGCUCAACAUCACGGACAGUCGUUGGCAGAAAAACCACCAUUGCUCAUCCCUCAUGGACCUUCUCCGCCUCCACCAAGCUUUCAUCAGAACAACAGGUCGAUAAACGGCUCGUCUUGGAAUCACACACCGUCACCACCUCCGCAAGGCUCGGUUUACGCAACUCCUUUGAGUCCCAACCUUGGAGGCCCACCGUUGAUGUCACCCCCGGCUGCGUAUAAUCCCUCAGGACCGUCCAAUUCUACCAUGUUCUUUCCGCCUCUCUUCCACCCUGACCCCGUCCAUGUUCCGCCAAGGAACGGCAGUAUCCCCCCUUCAAUAUCCACUGCAGUACCACACACAUCUCCAGCAAGGGUUGAUCAGGUACCUUCAGACGAGGGGAAAAUGUCCAUCUCUAUCGACUUCGGAACAACAUUUUCUGGUGUUGCAUAUGCCUCGUCUCGAAUUGCGUCUGGGAAGAUACAACAAAUCCUUCAUUGGCCUGGAUCUUUCGAAACUUUCCGCAAGGUGCCUACGUGCUUGCUCUACGACGAACAUGGUCGAGUUCUUGCAUGGGGACUGGAAGCGAAGAACGCCAGCACCAUGCCUGGUACUACGCGUUGCGAAUGGUUCAAGCUUUUCCUCGAACCGCGUGCUCUUCGUGAUGAAAGUACAAUUGACCCUCGACUACCUCAAUUACCUCCCGGUAAAACAGCAAUGGAUCUCAUCAUCGACUUCUUAUCGUGUCUGUGGGAAUACGCUAAAGAGCAAAUUACUCGUGACAUUGGAGCUGUAGCAGAUCUCAACUCGGCUGAUGUGCUCGUGACGUGCCCGGCAGCAUGGGAUGCUAAAGGAUGCGAUAUGAUGCGCGAAGCUGCCAUCGCCGCAGGCCUUGUGCAGUCUGCUCAUGCAGGCGAUGGUCGCUGGCGCGACAGGUUGCGUAUCAUCACCGAACCAGAGGCUGCGGCUGUCCACUGUGCCAGACUGACGGACCUGCACAAGCUCAAGCCAAACCAGAACUUUAUGAUAUGUGACGCUGGUGGCGGUACAGUCGACCUCGCCGUCUACAAAAUCAUUGGGCAAAUGUCCAACCUUGAGAUCGCCGAGAUGUGUGCUCGAUCUGGAGCCAAUUGCGGUUCCCUUUUCCUUGAUUUGCGAUUCCGAGAGCUCGUAAAAACUCUUUUGGCUGAUCAUCCUGCACAUUUGGAUGCCGCUAGUCUCGCCUAUUUCAUGCAUUCUUUCAGCCAGACCGAUAAGCUCGCAUUUAGGGGCGAGAGCGACGAUGACACAUACUUCAACUUCACAUGUUUCAAUGUUCAGGAUCCCCACGAUUCUUCCGUUGGAUUGAUCAAUGGAGAACUUGCUAUUCCAGGGAAUCUCAUCCGCCGAGAGGUCUUUGAUCCCGUAGUGAAUCAGGUCCUCGAGAUGAUCGAAGAACAGUCAAAGAAGGUUGAGCAGCGCAUCGAUGCCCUGCUUCUCGUGGGAGGGUUCGCUGGCAGCGAAUAUUUAGUUAGAAGAGUUGAGGCGCAAUUUUCGGGGAGAAUCAAGGUCAUCGCUCGCCCUUCUGACGCCGACACGGCUACAGUGCGAGGUGCCGCACAGUACGGACUUGCUCGUAAAUCAAUCGUAUCCACCGUGAUCGCUCCACGAUCAUACAUUAUGAAAGUGAAACUCCCUGCUGAACCAGAGGACUGGGCCAAACGUCCUGCAUACAUCAAGGAAAACAAUGCGAACGUUCCCAUUUGUGACAACCGUUUGCAAUACUUGGUCAUGAAGGGUGCCAUCCUGCGAAAAGGCCAAAUAUUGAAGACGAAAUUUUGCAAAUUCUCACAGAAUGGACAGGAUUGUAUAUUCGUAGCUGUGUUGUAUACUUCCGACUCGGACAGGAUGAUGCGAUAUACUGACGAAGGCGAAACAACGGAGCUCUGUAAAUGGACUGUCAAUCUGAGUUCUCUGCCCACGUUCCAGCAGAAUGCCAGCAUACCGCAGCCCAACGGCUUCUUCACAGAAUUCGAACUGGGUUUGGAGAUUGAUAGUGCGGAGGUCCGAGGUGUUUUGUACUACGAGGGGCAGGAGUGGAGCAGAGUUGUCUUUGAUUUUCUCAAUUGAUUGGCAUGUUAAUUGUAAGGACUAGCAUGUACUUGCUCUGCUUGCCUGGAGUAUGGUUGCGUUAUUAUUAAUGUUCAUAAGUAUGUUCCUGGCGCUGCUUGCUAAAUAUAUAUACGAUGGUGGAAUG